AUGCAACGCGUGAAAGCGAAUGAAGAAAGCGGUGAGAAAUCGGGCCAAAGGAAUCCAAAGGGAUAUCCAACCCCAAAGAGCUCCCAGGAUGAAACCAGAUUGAAACAACGAAAUAGUGGAUAUCCACAGAAAAGCGACGGAAAGCACUAUCCGAGUAAAGGAAAAAGUGGAUCUUAUGGAAAAACGGGAUAUCCACAUAGCAAAGGAAGGACGGGAUCGGCAUCGGCAACUUCUCGCAAGGAAGCAGAAGAACAGCAAAAAAUUGAACGCAAAAGGAAGAUCAGAAACAGCCACUUCUCGCAUAUAGUAUACAUGCUAACGGGUGGUGUUUUCUUGUCGAUCGCUGCUGCCGUCUUUAUCAUCUAUUCAACCAGAAACCACGAAAAUGCAUAUGGAUCGGCGUAUCAGGAAUCACUCGAGAAAGUUGUUUGGCGAAAGGAUGACUUCAAAAUGCCUUACCCGAUGCUAACGAAGACGCUUGAGUUUCGUCAAUCGCCUGCCCGAGUGAGUGUCAUGGGCCCAUUCCGCCGGUGUAACAAAGUGGCGAAAACGAUCAUAUGGACUCAAUUAACUUCGGUGGUGACGCGAGCCGCCGAGCUGUCGAUGUAUUGUGGCAAAGAAGAGCUGAAGGGAAAAGUCAAUGGAUACACUCUAAUCGGAGUUGAAAAUGAUAUCAAGACAGAUGUGAUCGCUAGUGCUUUUUCGAGCGGAAGCUCGGCGGAAGAAGCGAUGCAAAAGCUUCGCACCGCUGCUCGUCUUGUACCGGAAGAUACAUACCGUUACAGCACUGCGACCAUAGAACAGAGGACCGAGCAAUGCGCAAAAUGGGAAGAGACGAAAGGGAAGAAGGGCGCAGUGUGGGUGAAAAUGGACCGUUUAUGUGAAUUUCAUCGAGCCACAAUUGCUACCCACACAAAUAUGACGACACGUAAAACACGCCUGGAUGAAAUUUUAGAACUCUAUCAAGUGAAGAUCAAUGAUACAUCAAAAAACGUCUGGCUUGACACGGUACUCACUAAAGAACAAAAGGAACAAUUCGACGUUGAGAGUAAUUCAAAUGCUACCAUUCGUCUGUUGCAGUUCCAAGAAGUGCAGCUUUCAAUCGUUCGUCCACCCGCCCCAUCGCUUGCCUUUGUCGCUGAGUACAUUGUACGACUCACAAUAGAAUGCGUCACUGUCACACGACCUCACAUUGAUUAUCGAUACGUUGUGCCUGUGUGUUUUGCCGAAGCGCAAAAAUCAGCCUGGAUUCGUGCCAAAGACGGCUCAAUAAAGGAUGCGACUUCGGUGGAUGAGAUGACAAAAAUGGCAAAGGUAGACGCAAAGAUUGUCGAACAAAAGCACUUUUAUGGGGUAUCCGACACGCGAGAGCUGCCCACCUUUAACGCUCAACCAUCAAUGUGUACACUGGUCAGCGCAAUGCAAAAAGCUGAGAACACGUUCGGAGCGAUUUUCAGACGAAUGGCAGCUGCGUGCAUGCACGUGGAGAUAAAGGAACAAUUCAACUACACCUACGCGUCACCAAUCUUUCUCUUCAGUGCUAGGCAAUGUAUUGUGGCCACAACUGCUUCAGGAGGCUUUCAAACGGUUGCCGGAACAGCGGCGGUGCUCGUUACACGACUUUACAGCGAGAAUAUCAAUACUGAAGUCAUUUUUCCGAUCUACAAUGUGACCGGUGAACCGCGUUGGGUCAUUGACAAAACAACGCCUCACGAAAAGGUGCUCGAUUUGGGAAAAUGGCUUGGCGUGACUCUGCAACCCAUAAUUGAAUCAGAUUACAAGACACAUUCUCGAGAGGAUUUAAUUUCAAAGGACCCCAAUUUUCGCGAGGUAUACAUUGUGUUUGCAACGGAGAUGAAAGUGACAACCGAACCCAUGAAAAACGAGGAGGUUUAUGUACAACGCUGCAAUGGAUGUAUCUCCGCUGAUCAAACUGGAUUU